ACGUGUGGAGGAAAACGUUGGCUCGGUGUCUGAGCUUCAAUCUCCUUCGUCCCAGAGAGAUCUGUACGAUUUCGUCCACAAGAUCAAGUCUGCAGAGCUGCGGGAUGCACGUUCAGAUGAUUCAUUACAGAAAGGGUUCCUUCAGGAUCAGCAAGAGAAGACGAGCUCCAAACAGCUACUGACAAUUCUGAGAGAGCUGGAGCGGCCACGGCCUCUGUGGGACCAGCAGCCAGAACGCAGACAGAUCGAGACACACCGGCAGAACCAGGAAGUGCGUAAUGUUCCGCCCAUCACCUGGUGGAAAGCUCUGAAGGUGGAGGACGAGAAGCACACCUGGAACACAAGAGACAUCCAGGACACCACCAGGGACAUGCAGGAGAGGAUCAGCAUUCUGGAGACCCAGCUGAAGGAGGAGCAGAUGGAGGUCCAGAAGAGCAGAAAGGAGUUAAGAGAAACACGUGUCCGGACACAGAGGGCAGACGUGGCCUUGCAGACAGAGCAGGUUGAAGAUGAGACGAAACGUGUCGCUGCUGAGAAAGUUCUGGAGUCUCUCAGAAAGGUGGAGGUGGUGGUGACGAGGGCGCUGCAAACUGCCGAGACGCUGACUGAAAGCGAGAGGAGGGUGAAGGAGAGGAUGGAGGCCAUUAGUCAUAAGGUGGAGGAAGCUCUGUGCAGAACAGCAGACAUGGAGAAGCAGCUGAGAGGACUGGAAGCUCGGGUUUCCUCCUGCACAAAGACUUCAGGUAUUUCGCUGCAGCUGGACGUGAGGUCAUCGGACGCUGGACGUCAUCCAGCAGACUGCAGUGACAUCGUCGUCUCGGAGCCUUGGAACCUGAAAGUGACGAACAGUGGCUGCUUUCCACACGCAGAAGCCGAGGAUAACAGCCGAGAGGGGACAUCGCAGGACACAGAGGAUACGACUCGAACACCGAAUGACUCGUCUGAACCGCUGGUGAAGUGUGAAAGCAUUGUUCUCUCAGACUCUUCAUCUUCUUCAAGUCACCUUCCUGUGGGACUGGUUAACAAACAAAUCCCACCAGCACAGAACUGCAGCGAGAGAGGAUCUGCUGCUGCUCACGGUCCCACACCGGAAACUUCCCUGAGUGCUGCAUGUGAGGAGCGAACGCGCCAUGACACACAGGAGAAAGGAGUCGGGUUCAACUUCAGGACAGAGGAACCUGCUGAUGCUGACAACUCUCUAAUAAAGUGUAAAGAACAGACAGACUGUGGAGUUUCACUAGAAGAAGUUGAACGUGAUCAGACCUUCAAGCAAGAGGAGACCAAAGAUCCUAAACGUGAGCAGGAAGACGAGGGAAGGAGCCGAGAAUCAGCAAGUUCUGGAAGUUCAGAAUCAGGACCGAGGGAAAUCUUCGAGCGUGCAGAGAGAGGGUGUUCUGCAGAACCAGAGAAGUGUGAACAAACUCUCCCAAAUUUCCUUUUAAGUGAAGGUACAGUGAAGAGCAGCAGAUGUUUGGAAGAAAGAUCAGGAAGCCAAGACGAGACAAACAGGAGUGUUAAGGAUUCACUUACAAAGUGGACUUGCUGUACACCAGAAUCAGGAAACACACAAAGUUCUGAUGUGUAUGAAUGUGGAAGUGUUCAACUCUGUCAGGCACAGACUGCAGAACCGGCUGAAAAACUAGAGAAAGAAACCUCUGCCGAAUGUGGAGCAGCAGGAGCUCCGGCUAAAGCAGCUUCUCCAAGGACUUUUCAUCACACGGUACCGGAGUCCAACACACCUUUCUUUUUCCCUCACACUCGCUCUCGCCCUCCCACCGCGCCCAACAUGCCCACCCUGCCUGAAGAGGAGGAAGAUUCUCCUGAGGAGGUCGACAGCAACUCCAGCUCCCCGUCUUCUGCUAUGCCGCCAGAAUCCAAGCUAGUCAACAUUACCAUGUCGCCUCCUGCUAUCGUCCUGCCAAGACAAGUCGACAAGCAGGAAGCGAGGCCUCUGGAGAAAGCCAGACCUCACAGCCCAAGACCCCGGCUCUCGAGGAACGCCAGCUCGUCUGGGCCAAUCACAACAGUAGAUAAUGAUGGUCACAUGAUAGACCUGAUAAAAGAUGAGCUUCCAGAGAUGCAGCUCUCUGACCAGGACCGGCAGAAGAACCUGGAGCUGCUGGAGGAGGCCAAGAAAGUGAGCGAUCGCUUCCUGAGCCGUAGGGGGCGCCGGUCUACAUCUAGCCUCACAGGAUCUCCUACAGCUCUCUCGCCCAACCCGACUCCAGGCUCGUCUCCUGUGCCGUCCAGAAGCAGCUCAAUCUCUGCACCACCACAAAUGGAUGUUUUGGCAAAUCCUCCUUCGAGCCCAUCCACAAGUCAGAGGUUGGAGGUGCCUGCAGUGCGUGAACACGGAGAAGCAAAUAAACCCGAGCAGGAGCCGCUGAAGAAGCUUGUAGAAUGGAAACCACCUGAAAAGAGAAAAGUGUCCUCUGGCACGUUGACCCCUCGUCACACCACGUCUACUCCAGCCGAGGAGCUCCCCAAGUCCCCAAAGGAUGGUGCAGAGAUCUGUGUCUCUACAGACAGGGGGAAAAAGACAACUCCAGUUCCGACGAUCCAGAAACCAGAGAGCCAGUCUCCGGCAACCGGAGUGGCCAAGCCGGUCCCUCGGCCAGCCAUGCAGCAAGCUCCGUGCACAGCUGAGAUCAAGACCAUCGGUGCUUUCCCGCCUCUCAUGAGGGCUGUCUCGUGGGAUACAGUGGGCUCUCUGAACAUGAGGAACGGAGGACCCAAAGGAGAAGACAGCCUCACUUACCCUGACACCACUAAGCCUCCUGUGAGCACCCAGAAACUGUCCAAACUACGGGAGGAACAUAAGCUGUUGAGGAACCAGAGCAUCUGCAGUUCAAAGCUGCCGGACCUGAACGAGACGGCCGAACAAGACCAAGAUCACUCGUCUUCUACAAAGGUGUCCACAGCAGACGAGGAAUUGAAAGAGAAAGCAGAUGCCAUGCCUAACAUAUCAGAUAUCAUGCUGCGCAAGCUCAAACUACACAGAGGCUUACCAGGCUGUGCCCCUCCGCUCACAGAGAAAGAAGUCGAGAAUGCCUUUGUGCAGCUGUCUCUAGCAUUCCGCAAUGACAACUACACUCUGGAGACGAGACUGAAGCAGGCCGAGAGGGAACGCAACCUUACGGAGGAGAACGCUGAAAAAGAACUGGAAGAGUUCAAAAGCUCACUUAAGAGCACCACAUCCUUAUGGCAGAACGCAGAGCAGAGGGAGUUCUACCAGUGUCUCAUUGAGACUGUAGCUGUGCUACAUCGCCUCACCAACCGUCUGUCCAGCAGGGCAGAGAUGGUAGGGGCAGUGCGACAGGAGAAACGGAUGAGCAAGGCCACGGAGGUGAUGUUGCAAUAUGUUGAGAACCUGAAGAGAACCUACGAGAAGGACCACGCAGAGCUGAUGGAGUUUAAGAAGCUAGCAAACCAGAACUUGAACCGAUGUUAUGGGAGCUCAAUGGAAACUGGAGAUGAUGGUGUUCCACGAACUGCGAGAUCCAUGUCUUUGACAAUGGGAAAGGCUGUACCCAGAAGGAGAGUCAGUGUAGCUGUGGUUCCCAAAUUUAAUCUCCUGAAUGUUCCUGGUCAGACUUUAAGCACAGGGAGCCCCGCUCCAGGUCCUGGAGCCAGCCUUGCCACCCCUGCAGGCCCUAACCCAUGCUCUGGCCCUGGUGCACUUCCUGUACUGUGCGAGGCAAACAGUAUGAAGACUGACUCCGGUUCAGACCCAGUACAGCAGGCAGCAGGAGAAAAUGGAAAAGUUCUCCUGGAGCAGGAAGGCGAGGCAGCUACUCCAGCCAAAGCUUCCUGUAGCCCGGAAGAGAUCAGAGCUGAGAUCAAGGCCAAAAUCGAGGAGGAAGCCUACAAUAAAGGGUAUCAGGAAGGACUGAAAAGACUUAAAGAGCUUCAGGAAAUGAAGGAGGAAGAAGAAAAGGUGGAAGAAAAAGAGAUGGAGCUAGAAGAGGUAACUGAAGAAGAGCUGGUAGAGGAAAAAAAGCCAAGCAGGUUUGAGCGAGUUCUGGAAUUCCUCGAACAGACAUGUCCCAAGAUCUUCAGGAGGAACCGGACUCUAUGGAUCGUUCUUACUUUGUUCUUAGUAGUGUUUCUUUUAGUCAACAUCAUAAGCUUCUUCAGCAGCAUCUACGCCGAUCACGAUGACACGACGGCAGAAAAGCCCAACGUUCCGGGAAAAAAGUUUUUAGGACUGCGUGUGGGAUCGAAGAAUCCGAGUCCAGAGUAACACCAAACCUGUUACAUUCAGAAACCGUCUGAGGAGUUGAGCUUGACUUGAACUUUGGGAACUUGAUUUCACGAGGAGACAAAUAAUUUAAAGCUUUUAAAAAAAAAAAAAAAAGCUGUUGUCAGAAUCCCUUGUAAGAUUUAUAUCUAUAUAGUUUGAUAUGUAAUGAUAUGAGACAAUGGCACAUUUAACGCGAUUGAGAUUCCAUCAGCACUCAUUUUACUGUUCUCAGGUUUGUGAGAUGUGUCUUCGUGAAGAAAUUAAGUGCACCGUUUAAGUGCUUUAAUUAUUGGGAUGGGUUUUGAAAAUUCAUUACUGAUGUCUAUGUUGUCUGUCUGAGCUGGCAUUCCGAGGUAGCUUUUGCGUGCAAUAUUUGUGCCACACACUUUUUUUUUUUUUUUUUUUUUACCUUUUAGAAAUCGUAAAAAUCACCACUGACGAUGUGGUUCAGAUCGUGUCCUUGGAGACCGUUGUGUUAGUGUAACAAGUUUUCAAAAAAAAAAAGAACAUUUACUUUGUUCGUUUCCUAGCACCAGAGGUUUGUCAUCGUUUUAGAUCAUUAAUUAAUUUUCACGCGUGUUAAUGGUUUGUGCCACUGCACUCCUUUUAAUAAAGGGGCCUUCAAAAAGGUUUCACACAGGGUCAUGAAA